CUGCAUAACCCACAACCGUGAUCGACCAAACUAUACCAAAAAAGACGACGAUUAUAUAUAUAUAUUCUACCUCUCUGAUCUUCUCCGGCGACUAUUCGACUAACAACCGCCACUCUUCCAGACCCCAUCUCACUUGUCGUCUUUAGUCAACAAACCUUACCUCACGGCUUACCACAACUAUAUAUCAUCAUCUCAUCUACUUAGCCAUUAUAUUUAUCUUCGAUUAUCCUGUAACCCCGGCCGUCUAUCAUACCUGUAAUCUUUCUUUGCUCUAAAUGGACAACCGGAGAGCGUUUCCCGGCGGCGAGAAACCGCCGGCGGAGAAGGAGGAGGAGGAGGAAAAUGAGAGGAGGAAAGCAGUUAAGAAAGUGUCAUUAAUGAAACUGUUCUCCUUCGCCGAUGGUGUGGACUAUGUUCUGAUGUUUGUCGGAUUUGUUGGCGCCUGUGUGCAUGGGGCUUCUGUCCCUGUCUUCUUUGUUUUCUUCGGCAAAAUUAUAGAUGUGAUUGGGGAGGCUUUUCUUUUCCCGGCAGAAGCUUCCCAUAAAGUUGCCAAGUACUCCUUGGAUUUUGUUUACUUAAGUAUCGUCAUACUCUUUUCAUCAUGGACAGAGGUGGCAUGUUGGAUGCACACCGGAGAGAGGCAAGCGGCGAAGAUGAGAAUGGCAUAUUUGAGGUCUAUGUUGAAUCAAGACAUUAGUCUUUUUGAUACUGAAGCUUCAACUGGAGAAGUCAUUUCUGCAAUUACUACUGACAUUAUUGUAGUUCAAGAUGCCAUCUCUGAGAAGGUGGGAAAUUUCAUGCACUACAUAAGCAGGUUCAUAGCAGGAUUCACAAUAGGUUUCAUAAGGUUGUGGCAAAUCAGCUUGGUCACCCUCUCCAUUGUCCCCCUCAUAGCUCUCGCCGGCGGAGUCUACGCCUUCGUCGCCACCGGCCUAAUCGCCAGAGUUCGCAAGUCCUAUGUUAGAGCCGGUGAAAUCGCCCAAGAGGUGGUCGGUAAUGUCAGAACAGUGCAAGCGUUUACCGGAGAAGAGAAGGCGGUGAAGUCAUACACAGAGGCAUUACUGAACACAUACAAAUAUGGAAAGAAGGCAGGGCUAGCCAAAGGGCUCGGAUUGGGCACCUUGCAUUGUGUCCUUUUCCUUUCUUGGUCCUUGCUUGUGUGGUUCACUAGCAUAGUUGUCCAUAAGAACAUUGCCAAUGGAGGGGACUCUUUUACCACCAUGCUUAAUGUUGUCAUUGCUGGCCUGUCACUGGGGCAGGCAGCACCGGAUGUUUCAGCUUUUAUCCGAGCGAAGGCGGCUGCUUAUCCCAUAUUCGAGAUGAUCGAGAGAAACACAGCAAACAAAACCAACAGCUCAAGGAGCGGAGGAAGGAAACUGAAUCAACUAGACGGGCACAUCGAAUUCAAGGAUGUGUGUUUUAGUUACCCAUCUCGCCCGGAUGUGUUGAUCUUUGACAAGCUGUGUCUCGAUAUCCCCCCGGGGAAGAUUGUAGCCCUAGUAGGAGGGAGUGGAUCAGGGAAGAGCACUGUUGUGUCCUUGAUUGAACGGUUCUAUGAGCCUAAUUCUGGGCAGAUACUAUUGGAUGGAGUUGAGAGCAGUGAACUUGAGGUCAAGUGGCUUAGGCAACAAAUUGGAUUGGUUAAUCAAGAACCUGCCCUUUUUGCCACAACCAUAAGGGAGAAUAUUCUGUAUGGAAAAGAGGAUGCUACCCCUGAUGAAAUUGCACAUGCCACAAAACUUUCUGGGGCAAUCACCUUCAUCAACAACCUCCCUGACAGGUUUGAAACUCAGGUGGGUGAGAGAGGGGUACAAUUAUCUGGAGGACAAAAGCAAAGAAUUGCAAUCUCUCGUGCAAUAGUGAAGAACCCUUCGAUACUUUUGUUAGACGAAGCCACAAGUGCACUUGAUGCUGAAUCCGAGAAGAGUGUGCAGGAGGCUCUUGAUCGUGUGAUGGUGGGGCGGACAACUAUUAUUGUGGCUCAUAAUCUCUCCACCAUUAGAAAUGCUGAUGUCAUAGCUGUUGUUCAAAGUGGGAACAUAGUAGAAAUUGGCUGCCAUGAGGAGCUCAUAUCAAAACCAAAUGGUGCCUAUGCAUCUCUUGUUCAACUUCAAGAGGCCGCAGGUUCAUUGGACCGCCUUCCCUCUCGUGCUCAUAAUAAUAUGGGACAACCUAUCAGUGGCAGGUAUUCUCGUGAAGGAAGUAUAAGGUAUUCGCGAGAAUUAUCCCGAACAUCAACGAGAAGUCAUGGUGCUAGUUUUCGCUCUGAUAAAUCAGCUAGUAAAGUUGGUGAUAAUAGCGAAGAAGAUGAUGAUAAAGCAACUCGGGUUUCUCCAAAAAGAUUGUAUACUAUGAUUGGUCCUGACUGGUACUAUGGAGUUAUUGGGACUAUUUGUGUAUUUAUUGCUGGAGCUCAGAUGCCACUGUUUGCCCUUGGGGUAACUCAAGCACUGGUAUCUUACUACAUGGAUUGGGACACAACUCGCCGAGAAGUGAAGAAGAUUUGCUUACUCUUCUGUGGUGGUGCCUUUAUAACUAUCAAUGUUCAUGCCAUUGCUCAUUGUUGCUUCGGAAUCAUGGGCGAGAGGCUCACACUUCGCGUUCGAGAGAAGAUGUUUUCAGCUAUGCUAAAAAACGAGAUAGGAUGGUUCGAUGUGAUGGACAACACGAGUUCUAUGUUAGCUUCACGCUUAGAAAGCGAUGCGACUCUAUUGCGAACCGUGGUUGUUGAUCGGUCCAGUAUUCUGUUACAAAAUGUAGGCUUGGUGGUCACUUCUUUCAUCAUUGCUUUUAUCUUGAACUGGAGGCUAACCCUUGUAGUCCUGGCAAUGUAUCCUCUUAUCGUCUCUGGCCACAUCAGUGAGAAACUCUUUAUGAAGGGCUUUGGUGGGAACUUGAGCAAAGCCUAUCUGAAAGCUAAUAUGUUUGCUGGUGAGGCUGUGAGUAACAUUCGAACCGUUGCAGCUUUCUGUUCCGAGGAGAAGGUUCUUGAUCAAUACGCUCACGAACUUGUGGAGCCCUCGAAGAGUUCAUUUUAUCGCGGUCAGGUUGCUGGGAUUCUUUAUGGGGUGGCUCAGUUUUUCAUCUUCUCGUCCUAUGCUCUUGCUUUAUGGUAUGGUUCUAUUUUGAUGGGAAAGGAGAUUUCGAGCUUUCAAUCUGUGAUGAAGGCGUUUAUGGUUCUGAUUGUAACGGCUUUGGCCAUGGGAGAGACCCUGGCAAUGGCGCCCGACCUCAUAAAAGGAAACCAAAUGGUGGCAUCCGUGUUUGAAGUACUAGAUCGCAAGACAGAGAUCUUAGCUGAUGUGGGGGAGGAGUUGAUAAAAGUGGAAGGCACAAUUGAGCUCAGGGAUGUGGAGUUUAGCUACCCUUCCCGGCCUGAUACUCCGAUUUUCAAAGAUUUCAACAUGAGAGUGCGCCCGGGCAAGAGCAUGGCGUUAGUCGGGCAGAGUGGUUCUGGUAAAAGUUCGGUUAUCUCUCUCAUUUUGAGGUUUUAUGAUCCAAUAUCCGGGAAAGUCAUGAUUGAUGGUAAAGAUAUCAAGAACCUAAAGCUCAAGUCUCUAAGGAAGCACAUUGGACUUGUCCAACAAGAACCUGCCCUUUUCGCCACAUCGAUCUACGAAAACAUCCUCUAUGGCAAAGAGGGAGCAACCGAGUCAGAAGUGAUAGAAGCCGCAAAGCUAGCCAAUGCGCAUAGUUUCAUUAGUGCUCUCCCCGAGGGCUACUCGACCAAGGUAGGAGAGCGAGGCGUGCAGCUUUCUGGCGGGCAGAAGCAGCGAGUAGCCAUAGCCCGAGCCGUCCUAAAGAACCCCGAAAUCUUGCUAUUGGACGAAGCCACUAGUGCACUCGACGUCGAGUCAGAGCGAAUCGUCCAACAAGCUCUCGACAGGCUGAUGAAGAGCAGAACAUCUGUUGUUGUGGCACAUAGAUUAUCUACCAUAAAAAAUGCUGACCAAAUAUGUGUGUUACAAGAUGGGAAGAUAAUAGAGCAGGGGACUCAUUCUACACUCAUAGAGAACAGGGAUGGAGCAUAUUAUAAGCUCAUUAACUUACAGCAGCAUCAACAACAAUGUUAGAAGUUAUUUGGGAAUUGGGAUGCAUAAUUCAAUGUAUAUCCUCUCCAUAAAAAUAUAAUUAAAUUUUUUUGUUAUACAAUUACUGAUUUGUAACUGCAAAUUAGUGUUCCUUGUUGAGUGUGAUCUUUCUGUUUUUACUUUCAUAAUAAAAUUCAGUAGGUAUACCACUAGGUAUUAGAGGGAACAAUUGUUAUAC